AUGGCGUCCAAAUCAGCAACAGGACUCAUCACAGUCCUCCUAGCAACAAACAUCCAUUGCGCAUCAUGCGUCGCUCUCGUAAAAGAGGUACUCACCUUCUACGAAUCCAUCACAAGCGUCGAUGUCUCCGUUCUUCAACAACAAGUCCGGAUCCAGCAUGGUCCUGGAAUCAGUGCAUCAGACCUAGCAAGGACGCUCAUCGACGCAGCUUUUGAGGUACAGAUUGCAACGACUCAGGAUGAAGCCACGGGACAGGUUCUGGAGUCUAUCGAUACUUCUUCUUGGGGCUCGUCGCCGCCCGUCUUACGAUCUCCUCUUUUAUCCCCUAAUAACUGCAAGGCUUGCCAGACUGAACGGCAGUAUGCGCUUUAUGAAGCUGAGAAGUCACCUCCAAAGUACGACAGGACUUGGAUGGAGAAGUUGGUGACAACAUCGAAGAGACCUCCAGAGGAUACUGAGAAACAACCGCCUCUGGAGUCUGUGCAGGUUACGCAACCACACCCGCCGGAUGUGUUCCAGGCUCGUAUCAGCAUAUCUGGAAUGACAUGCGGUGCAUGUGCUAAUUCGGUUACUGAGAUGGUACAGCAACUAGGAUUUGUCAAGGACGUAUCCGUUACAUUAUUAACGAACAGCGCUGUUGUGACUUUUACCGGCCCACGAGAGAACAUUGACAAGAUCAUUGACGAAGUAGAGUCUACCGGGUUUGAUGCCGCAGUCGAUACGUUAGAGAAUGUUGCCGGGUCAGCGGAGGGCCAAGCAGUGCCCAUUUAUGAGGCUCAGUUUGGCAUUGGCGGAAUGACUUGUGCUUCUUGCGUGAAUGCUGUUACUCAUCAUGUCAAGCAGCUGGAUAAUGUGAAAGAUGUGACCGUCAGCUUAUUGACAAACAGCGCUACGGUUGUGUUCUCAGGAGAUCAGUCAUAUAGCAAGACAAUAUGUGAUGAGAUCGAGGCUAUCGGAUACGACGCUUCGUUGAUCGAAGUCGUGCAACAGAAUAACUCAGCCUCUGAUCGUCCCAUGUCUGAUAAAUACAUAGCGAAUAUCAGCAUUAACGGCAUGAGCUGUGGUGCAUGUGUCGGAAAAGUCACGCAAGCCGUUCAGGGCCUCUCAUACGUUAAAGAUGUUGCGGUUGACUUGCUCUCGUCUAGCGCGAGGGUUGAAUUUGAGGGCAGGGACAACGUGCAAAAUAUACUGAAUGAGAUUGAAGACAUUGGCUACGAAGCUACGCUCAUUGAUUGCAAAUCGGCCAAAGAAGAACUCGCCUCAAAAUCAACGGAACGAACAGUAAUGAUCCGAGUUGACGGGAUGUUUUGUCACCACUGCCCUGAGAAGGUACUAUUGUCGCUUAAAGAUCUAGAUGAUAGCAUCCAAAUAUCCAAAGACCCCACGUUAAAGGACCCCAUCGUCAAAGUCACGUAUACGCCCACACAGCCGAAUUUGACAAUCCGACGAAUCUUGGCUAUUAUUGACUCGUCUCAUGAGAACUUCAAAGCAAGCCUUUAUCAUCCCCCAUCUAUUGAAGAUCGCUCUCGGGCGAUGCAACUUCGCGAGAGACGCCGAUUCCUUUUCCGCCUUGCAUUUGUCCUGAUGGUCGCUAUACCAACGUUCAUAAUUGGAAUUGUCUUUAUGGACCUUGUCCCAUCGGACAAUCCUGCUCACCAGUACCUCUCACAGCCAAUAUUGGGAGGUUCUGUGUCUCGAAUGGAAUGGGCAAUGUUCUUUGCAACCACCCCUGUCAUGUUUUACGGCGCAGAUGUAUUCCAUAUCCGAGCCAUGAAGGAAGUGCAUGCCCUAUGGCGGCCAGGCAGUAAAGUGCCCAUCUUGCGUCGAUUCUACCGUUUCGGCAGUAUGAAUUUGUUGAUUUCGGCUGGGACAUCUGUGGCGUAUAUUGCAUCCCUCGGUGUGCUAAUAGCCGGUGCAACAACGAAAUCUUCUGAUGCUGCAGAUGUCACGACCUAUUUCGAUAGUGUCGUGUUCUUGACAUUGUUCAUCCUAGCUGGGCGCGCUCUGGAGGCUUAUAGCAAAUCCAAAGCCGGCGAUGCUGUCUCCGAUUUGGGCAAACUCCGACCAAGCGAAGCAUUAUUGGUUGAUCCCUCGUCAUCAACUGAGAGCGUUCAGAGAACCAAUGUUGACCUGCUCGAAUUCGGUGACGUAGUCAUCAUCCCUCACGGUGCAUCCCCUCCGGCAGAUGGUAUAGUCACGAGUUCCGGCGAUUAUCAAUUCGAUGAGAGCUCUCUAACCGGUGAAUCGCGACCCGUCUCAAAAUCAACGGGUGAUGAAAUCUAUUCUGGAUCCGUCAACGUUGGUCAACAGGUCUCCAUCAAAGUGACCGAAGUUGGAGGUGCUUCCAUGCUUGACAAAAUCGUCAGUGUUGUCCGAGAGGGACAGAGCAAGAGGGCGCCCAUGGAACGGAUCGCAGAUUUGAUUGUUGCAUAUUUCGUGCCUGUCAUCACACUAAUAGCCAUCCUAACUUUUAUCAUCUGGCUCGCACUUGGGCAAUCCGGAGCUCUUCCAUUAGGAUAUCUUGACACUACGCUCGGUGGCUGGACAUUCUGGAGCUUGCAGUUCGCCAUCGCGGUAUUUGUAGUGGCAUGUCCAUGUGGUUUGGCACUUGCCGCCCCGACGGCGCUCUUUGUCGGAGUUGGGCUUGCAGCGAAGCGUGGUAUUCUAGUCAGGGGAGGCGGAGAAGCUUUCCAAGAAGCUACACGACUCGAUGCGAUUGUAUUCGACAAGACCGGCACUUUAACUGAGGGCGGGAACCUCAGGGUGUCUGAGCAUGAAGUCUUGGACAAUUCAGACCCCCAAAAGGUUGCUAUUGCGUGGACGUUGGCUCGAGAACUGGAACAGACUAGUAACCAUCCUAUUGCCAAGGCGAUUGUUGAGUUUUGCAAGGAUAAACUGUCUGGCGAGUAUCAGAUUGGAGUCAAAUCAUCUGAUAUUCUGGAAAUCUCUGGACAAGGAAUGAAAGGCAAGUUCACAAUCUCAGUCAAUGGCGAGAAUGCGACAUACGAAGCUGUUAUUGGCAAUGAGCGACUUGCAAAGAGCGUUGCCACUACGACGGACUCGCAAUCCUAUUUCUUUGCAAAUGCUCUAUCCAAGUACCAGUCAUCCGGUCGUUCUACGGCAGUACUCCUCCUCCACAAGUUUCAAGCGUCGACAACAACCAGCCCAAAGGACAAAGAAACUGGAGCUAACACAAUCGACACUGAACCGUUCAUCCCUACGAUCAUCUUUGCAACAUCAGACCCCAUCCGCGCCGAAUCCGCUCAGGUUAUUGCCCAACUCCAAAAGCGCAAUAUAGCCGUAUACAUGUGCACCGGCGAUAACGAAAUGACCGCCUACGCCGUUGCGUCUACACUGGGCAUCCCACACACAAACGUCCUCGCAAACGUGAUGCCAGCGCAGAAAGCAGAAUACAUCCGCAAAAUCCAAUUCUCAUCACUAUCGUCUCUGGACGAUGGGAAUCAACAACCACAAGGCAAAGGCAGGAAAAUAGUCGCUUUCGUAGGUGACGGGACAAAUGAUUCACCGGCCCUCACUGCCGCGGACGUCAGUAUCGCAAUGUCUUCCGGCUCAGAUGUGGCUAUUUCUUCAUCUUCGUUUAUCCUUUUGAACUCGAAUCUCACCACCAUCUUCGAACUGGUUCAAUUAUCGCGCCGUGUCUUUAAUCGGAUAAAGUUGAAUUUCUUCUGGGCUGCGAUUUACAAUGUGAUCCUCGUCCCUGUUGCGGCCGGUGUAUUCUAUGCUAUUCCCGACGGGACGCACACUGUUACCGGCUCUGGUGGACAUGAUGUGCAGGUUAAUGGGCAUUGGAGACUCAGUCCUGUUUGGGCUUCUCUUGCGAUGGCUUUGAGUAGUGUUAGUGUUGUGACGAGUAGUUUGGCGUUGAGGAUUGAGUGGAGGGAUGUCAAGAGGUGGAUGAAGAAAUGUUUGGGACGGUCAUGAAUGAAGUAUGAGUUAUGACUUGUUUUUGCAAUCGCACGGGUAUCGAGCGUGAGGAUUGAUGUGUGUAGCUGGUUACUACACUUCACUGUUACAGAAGUCUGAUUGAAAUGGGCCCUAUAAUUCAUGUUCAUUUAGUAGUCACCCUAUCUCAACGAUACAACCCUAAUCACAAGCAAGAGGGGUAUAUAAUAAGGAUAUAUGAAUCGUACCAAUCAGAUACCAUCGCACGCUGAUUUAAAGCGAUUCG